AUGGCAAGUAAUAAGUUUAUUCUCAUCACUGGCGGCGCCGGGUAUAUUGGCACUCACACGGUAGUCGAACUUGUUCAGCGUGGUUACAAGGUUGUUAUUGUUGAUAACCUCAGUAACUCUUCUUAUGAUGCUGUUGCGCGGGUGGAAUACAUCGUCCAUAAUCACAUUCCUUUCUUUAAGAUUGAUCUUCGUGACAAAACCGGGCUUAACAAAGUUUUUGAGUCCUUCCCAAUAGAAAGUGUGAUUCACUUUGCUGCAUUAAAGGCUGUAGGCGAGUCGACCCAAAAACCCCUUGAUUAUUACGACAACAACAUCAAUGGCACUACAACAUUGCUUGAAGUUAUGAGUGCUCAUAACGUCAAGACAAUUGUUUAUAGCUCAUCAGCAACAGUGUAUGGUGAUGUAACACGGUUCAAAGACCGUAACUAUAUUCCCAUUCCGGAAGAAUGUCCGAGGGAUCCAACGAAUCCGUACGGCAAGACCAAAUACACUAUUGAGAACGUCAUUGAGGAUUUGCACGUCAGCGACAACUCAUGGCGAGGGGCCAUUCUCCGUUACUUUAACCCCAUCGGUGCGCACCCGUCGGGCUUGCUGGGUGAGGAUCCUCUUGGAAUCCCCAAUAACUUGCUGCCCUAUUUGGCUCAAGUCGCCGUUGGAAGGCGCGACAAGCUAAGUGUAUUUGGUAAUGACUACGACAGUCGCGACGGAACACCCAUUCGUGACUACAUUCACGUGGUAGAUCUAGCACAAGGUCAUGUUGCCGCUCUCGAAUAUUUAAAGCAACUUGAGCAAGGUCAAGGACUAUACCGUGUGUGGAACUUAGGCACGGGAAAGGGAAGCACAGUUUUUGAAAUCUACGCCGCAUUUUCUGCGGCUGUUGGUCGUAGGCUCCCCUACAACAUCGUUGUGAAUAACUUCAAGUGGAGCCUCUUCAGCGAUCCCGGCGCUGAGUUUAAUUUUGCUAGUCGUCUGAACACAUUUACUUUUGGUGAUCUUAGUGUGACUAUUGCCAACUAUGGUGCAACCAUUCAAAAUAUUGCGUUCAAGGGUCGCACAAUUGUCACCAGCAUGGAUAAGCUUAGCUUGUAUCAGUCGGACGACAAUCCGGCCUUUGGUGCUACGGUGGGCCGUUACGCCAAUCGCAUCCGCAACGGCACUUUUAGCAUUGACGGUGUGACUUAUCAUACUGACAAGAACUGGCGCGGUCACACUAUUCACGGCGGUUCUCAUGGCUUUGGUCGCCAGUUCUGGUUGGGUCCUGUCGCCAAGUGUUAUGAAACGCAUGGCACCUUGGAGUUCUUGAUUUAUGACAGGGAUGGCAGCAAUGGUUUUCCCGCAGAUGUAAUUGCUACAGCAAAAUUCACUGUCGACGAGAAAUCGCUCCGACUUGAGAUCGAAGCCUACAUUCCCGAGUCGUCACCAAAAGAUGUCACGGCCGUCAAUAUGACUAAUCAUGUCUACUUCAAUCUGUCUUCUGGCAAGACUAUUGACGGCACGAUUAUCAAGACGUGUACUGAUACAAUUUUGGAGUCCGAUCCGGACUACCUUUUGCCUACUGGUCGUGUCAUUCAGUACAAGCAGAAGCUUUCAGAGUCCGUGGAGCUUCAGCCCUCCAAUCCUAUUGACAAUUGUUUUGUUGCAAAGGCGGACGGAUUUAAACUUGAUACUCGUGGCGAUGAGAUGCAGACCAUUGUCGAGGCACAUCAUCCCUCUACGGGCUUCAAGAUUACAGCUGCAACAACUGAUCCUGCUUUCCAAAUUUACACUGGUGACUUUGUGAAUAUUGGUCCAUACAAGGCUCGCGCCGGUUUUUGUGUUGAAGCGCAAAGAUACCUGGAAGCUAUCAACAAUGAGCACUGGAAUAAGCAAGUUAUCUUGCGCAAGGGCGAGGUUUAUGGUUCAGAUACCAUUUACACCUUUUCUUCUCAACAAAAUUAA